CCCUCCGCCCGGGGGAAGGUGUUCCCGGGGCCGCUCCCAGCCUCCCCCCGCCUCCGGGCCCGGCCUCCCUCCGCCGCGGAGCUCCACGAUGCCAGGCAGUUUCGACACUUUGCAAAGACAAAGGCCGGAGGCAGGAGGCCGCGGAGGCCGCGGAGGGAGCGGAGGAGGAGGCGGAGAGCGCGGAGGGAGCGGCGAUGUGAGCGGGCGCAGGGGCGCGUGUCCGGGACGCCCGCCCGCCGAAGCCCCCGCGCCCCGGCGCCGCGGGGAUCCCCGCGCGUCCCCCGCCCGCGGGUCCCAUCCUCAGACUCGGCAUCUCUGACCUGGAAAUGCCAGCAGGACUCGUCGGCAUCGCCAGGGGCGCUGGUGGCCGGACGCUCUGAGCCUCGUGGCCAGGACCGUUGCGUUGGAGGACCGAGAUGGACAGCCCCUCCACUGACUGAGAUGCAGAAGCUGAGGCUCAGAGAGGUUAAGGAACGCCCCCGAGGUCACACAGCUGAUGACAGACAGCCCUCGGUGCCUUCGCCACGCCCACCGCCCGUGGCCACGACCCUGGUGGCCGCGGGGUCAGACUGAGCUCUGACGGCAUCAGCACACACGGCGCACACAGACAGCCAUCCCGGACGGACGGACGGACGGACGGAGGACGGCGGCAAGGCGGCUCCUGGCCCCGCACCGUGACCCUGCCUCCCAGGCCCUCCCCCGGCGGGACUGGCGCGUCCCAGAGCCACUGCCCCUCCGCCCCUCUGGCUGGGAAAGGCGAUCUCGGGUCUCACGUCGGAUUAUCGCUCUCCGGGGAGAGACAGGACUGGCUGGUCGGGGAUUGCGGAUGCGGCGGGCUCCUUUAUCUUCUGCAAGAGACAGACUCGCUGCCAGAAGAGGCAUCCCGCCCCCCGAGUGACCCCUUGGCCUCCGAGGGUCACAGGGUGAUGUCCGGUGCCCGAGGGUGACUGGUGACCAUCCGCCGGGCGGAAGUGAAGUUGACCCUAGCCAGCCUCAAGGGCCCCCCCGCCCCCCGCCCCCCGCCCUCCUUGGACACCCACGCCUCGCCUUGUCCAGGAUUUUCCUUCCACGUCCCUCCCAAGCGGGGCGUGACCUCCUGCAGCUCCUCGCCGGGGAGCCCCGUGGGGGAAGCAGCAGCCAUGGUGACCCUGAGGAGGCGGACCCUCAAGGUGCUCACCCUCCUCGUCCUCUUCGCCUUCCUCACCUCCUUCCUCCUGAGCUACUCGCACACGGUGGCCACCACGGCCUGGCUGCCCCGGCAGCUGGUCCUGGAGCUCUCCGACAGCUUCCGGCGGCUGGUGGCCUUCCCGCGCCGGCCCUGCACCUGCGCCCGCUGCGUCGGCCAGCGGCGGGUCUCCGCCUGGUUCGACCAGAGGUUCAACCAGUCCAUGCAGCCGCUGCUGACCGCGCAGAACGCGUUCCUGUACGAAGACACCUACCCGUGGUGGCUGAGGCUGCAGGGGGAGAAGCAGCCCCAGGACCUGAACGCCACCUUCAGGGAGCUGUUCGAGGUGGUGCCGGGCGGCGUGGACCCGCUGCUGGAGAAGAAGGCCGUGGGCUGCCGGCGCUGCGCCGUCGUGGGCAACUCCGGCAACCUGCGGGCGUCCUGGUACGGCCCGCACAUCGACAGCCACGACUUCGUGCUGAGGAUGAACAAGGCCCCCACCGCCGGGUUCGAGGCUGACGUGGGGAGCAAGACGACCCACCACUUCGUGUACCCCGAGAGCUUCCGGGAGCUGGCGGACAACGUCAGCAUGGUGCUGGUCCCCUUCAAGACGCUGGACCUGCAGUGGGUGGUCAGCGCCACCACCACGGGCACCAUCUCCCACACCUACAUCCCUGUCCCUGCGAAGAUCAAAGUGAAGAAGGAGCAGAUCCUCGUCUACCACCCGGCCUUCAUCAAGUACGUCUUCGACAGCUGGCUGCAGGGCCACGGCCGCUACCCGUCCACCGGCAUCCUCUCCGUCAUCUUCUCCCUGCACGUCUGCGACGAGGUGGACCUGUACGGCUUCGGGGCAGACAGCAGGGGGAACUGGCACCAUUACUGGGAGAACAACCCGUCGGCGGGCGCCUUCCGCAAGACCGGGGUGCACGACGGGGACUUUGAGUCCAACGUGACCAGCGCCCUGGCGUCCAUCCACAAAGUCCGGAUCUUCAAGGGGAGAUGACGCGGCGAAGGGGCGCGGGCGACGGCCACACCAGCGCAGCCUCUCACGGCGGCCCCCCGCUCCUCGCUGCCGCCGGGGCUGUCCCUUCCGCCCCGGGGGCUCCCGGGGCCAGCCUCUCGCACCCCGACAUUGGACAGCAUCUGCUCGGCCAUGUCACGGGGCCGCAGGGCAAGUCUGAGAGCCGGCGGGGCGGCCCUCAGGGCUCUCCCCGCGCCCGGAAAAGGCGGAGACGCGGGGGAAGUCCAUCCUCCGGCUUCGGCUGCGGAAGACGGGGUGGGGGUCGGGGGGCAGAGACUGAAGGCCCCCCUGUUUUAAAAGAAAGGACAUUUCCCAGGCAGGACGGGCAGAGACUCCUUUGCUGGGGCGCCCAGGGCUGACGCCCACACUAUGAUUCUCGCCGGAUGUCUCCCAGCGGGGGCGCCUCCGGACAGCCACGCACUGGGGGCCAGGCGACACCCCACGCCCUUUGUUUCCCGAACUCGUCCUGGUGGCAGGAGAGGCCCCCCGAAGGCCUUCAGGCUCGGGCAGGCGUGACUGAGUCCAGCAGAGAUGCCUCCUUCUCCCCGAGACGCUGUUCUCGAGAGGAACACCCGGGGGUGACAGCGAUGGCCCAGGGCAGGGCCGGCCACGCCGUGUGCCUUCCUGCCGCCCCCGGGAGAGAGGCACCGGCUGGCUGGCUGACCGAGGCCGGCACAGCCAGGAAAGGAGACCCUCAGCGCCCCUCGCUCUCAGCUGGGGGCUCCCCAGGUUCCUGAGCCGCCCUGAGGUGGGGCAGAGCUCAGGUGUCCCCCCCUCUCGGACACUCUCUGACGUUCACAGACUGUCAGGCUCUGUGCCCGUAACCGGCCAGGCCCCCGCCCGGAGCGGGUCCCACCAGCCAGCGUCUCCCCCCAGGGCCACGCUCGGGCCCAGGUCCUGCUGUCCACCUGUGUGAGGUCCCGGGGCGAGGCGUGGCGGGGCCGGGCAUCCUGGGGGCCAUCGGAGGAGCAGUCAUACCUCAUUCGCGCUCUGCCCUCCUCGUUGCCCUCCUGAUUAUUUAUUGGUUCGUGGUUGCAUCCAGCCGGCCUUGUGUGCACUUUUGGCUCUCGCUGGCCUGGGUUCCAGCUCCCUUUCUCCUGCUCCACUGGCAGCUGCGUGGUGGGCGGCUUCCAGCAAGCUCGGGGCGGGGGGGCGGGGGGGGGGUUCGGGUGCCAGGGGUUUGGGGCUCGCUGGUGGGCACAUCCUGGGGUAUCAGGUCGGUCGGUGGGUGUGAUGUCCUGUGCCGCCUCCUCUCCCAGCCCGGCUUCCUUGCGAAUGUGGGUUCAGCCUCCGGCUGGGCCCCUCCCAGCCCAAGGGGCCGGGCGAGACGUGAGGUCCAGGCCUAGGAGGACUGGAACCGUCGGCUCCAUCACUGACGUGCCAUCAGGAAAGCCGUUCUUCCCGUAGACAGCAUUUCCCCAAAGGCCCGCUGCUCCCAAUGGCAAUGGCGGGGCACGCCAGGGGCCUGCUCUCCUGGCCUCGGUUUCUUCCUCUGCACACGGGGAGGGAGGGAUUGUGGGCGCUCAGGGGCCAGGGGUGGUGUCGAGCACCUUGUAAGAAAGAGUCCAUGGAAGCCAUAGUUUCUGUUGAGUCCAUCAGGGGACUUACAGCCCCCCGAGAUGCGGGAUCCAGGCAGCCGUGAGAGACCCUGCACACCGGUUCCAGCUUUAACAUCCGCCCGAACGUCACCCUCUCCCGGUGGUGCAGGCUCGGAAUCCCUGUGAGGCCGAACCCUCCCGGGCUGGAGGUCAUGGCCACCCUCGAUGGGAGCCAGGAAGACCUCAGCCAGUGUCUGGCGGCCCAUCAGUCCCAGGGACAGGCCUCCAGGAAGAUGGUCACUGGACGGAGCAGUGGACGGCGCCCCCGCUCUCACCUCCUGCGAGCUGAGGACGUCUGGGUGUCACAGAACAGCUACAGGCUGAGGCUGGGAUUGAACCCCCCGAUGGGCCUAGGCCAGCGGGACCCCCACGGUGAGUGAGUGGCUGAGAACCAGACCCGUGUUUCUCACGAGGCGUAUGGGGGUGCUGUGGGCAGGAGGACGAGGAUCAGCCACCAGGGGCAGUGCUGGGGUGUCCACCACACACAGGGCUGCUCGGAGAGGAGGCGGCCCAGGCAGGGAAGAGGGCCCCUGCCCACAGCAAACCACGGAGCCUGAGGCUGAGGAGGCCGUGGCAGGUGAGGGCAGAGAGAGCUCAGGGAUACCCCAGCCUCAGGUCCCCCAGGCCUCGGCACAGGAGCCGCCUGCAGCCACACUGACCCCUGCAGACACACGGCCCCAGGCCCCGCGCUCCGGUCAGGAACCCGCCUGUGGGCACACCGGAUGCCCGUCACGCCGUUACGGCAUGCCAAAGCCAAAGUUUCCCGGCACUUUCUCCCCUCCCUUUGUUUUGGCAAUCUCCUUGGGUUGGCGGUUGGUGUUUUAAAUUUUGCGUUUUCUCCCCCUGCCCCCAACACCCAGCCUGGUUCCUGCAUUUCACAGCCCAGCACUGGCCUGGGUGCGAUUUGCGUGGAGUGAGCGAGCCUGGGCUGUGUCUUAUUUAUUGUCGGACAUUCGCAGUGGCCGGAAUCGAAGUGAAUUAAAGAGCUAUUUUACCGUU